AUGAAGGCCGCACAGGCACUUGCUCGCCUAGGGCUCCAAGACCCAGCAGCAUUGGUGAGGCAAGAAUCCAUACGGGUCAUGGAGGACUUUGCUCCGGAAGCAUGGUUCCAAGCCCUCCAGACUGUGCAGGGCAUGUUGGAGAACAGAGCAUCCCUGGAGCCAGCCUGCCGCUGCUCUUCAUUGGAAGCUAUUGCCUGCCUUUUUGCGGCCUCUGAUGCCAUCCAGAGCCCACAGGGGGGUCCGGCCGAAACAUUGGGCAAAGAUGACCUUUCUGCCAUCCUCGAGCUUAUUGCGUCCUGCUUCGAAGAUCUUGAUGCAGACGUGCGGAAUGUGGCAACAUCUGUCCUCUGCGGUCUGGCUAGUGGCGGUCGUGGUGGAGGGCGGAAUCGCAGCUUGCAGGCCAUAACAGUGGCAGCACAGCGGCUAGGGCACAUGGAGGAUGUCACACGACUGGCGGCCCAGACGGCCCUGGAGCAGCUCGGGGGCUUUUCCUCGAGACGGAAGACGGGCUCGGAGGCGGGAGGCAACCUCUAUGAGGCUGCCAGGGCGGCAGCAGAGUCCUUGUGCAGCGAUGAUGCUGACAAGCGCAAGGGGGCGCAAAGGAUUCUGGUGAACCUGGCCGGGGAAGGGCCGACUCAGCGGGCCACCGCAGCCGCAUUCGCGGUUAGCGGCCUAAAGAGUGAGAAUCCGGCGGUGCUGGCGGACGCAGCAGACACCUUCAUGCGCCUGGGCGCAGAGGGCGACCCUGAUGUGUUGGAGUCAGUUGGAGCCACUCUCUCCUCUGGUUCGAGCCAAGCCAAGGAGGUGGCGCUGAAGAUCCUUGCUGCCCUGUCUCCACCCGGGUCCAUCAGCGACGCCGUGUCCGUUGAGCGAGGAGCGGAGGAAGGUUAUCGCCUGAGGCAAAGGGUGGCUGGAUGUCUCUAUGACAAGGUACAAGACGUGCGCCUGGCAGCUAUCCCUGCCUUUGCACGGUUGCUUCGUACCCAAGACCAUGACACGGUGUCUCAGGUGGCCUUGGACCUUCCCACGUUGACCAGCGACGUGCGUCGAGACUGUUUGGAAGCUUUAGUCCUCAUUUGGACGUCGCAGACCUAUGCUUCCGGUCCUGAGGAGGCUUCAGCUGUGGCAUCUUGCCUCGAGGAUGGAAGCAGGGAGGUCCGGCAGCUAGCCAUCACCCUCCUCAGGGCCAGCCAAGCGCGUGGCUGCCAGGACCCAAUCUUUGCAGUGGCGUCGCGUUUGAGGCACCAGCAGCCCGAGGUCCGUGCUGCGGCAGUCGAGGGCCUGGCGGCCAUUGCCGGAGUAGGGCCGCUGGGCUAUGACCGUGGUGCUGUGGCAGCCGCUGCGGCGCAUUUGGACUCAGAUCGAUGGGAAGUGCGGAAGUCUUCAGUCCAG